CCUCCUCAUUGACAAGUGACAGCUGUUUUCAUUAUCAACAUAACCUCAAAAAUUAAUACAUUUCAAAAGCAAAAUUAUAUAAACAUAAAUAAAAAUGUCGGCCAAAAACCUAUUUUUGCCGGCUGCGUUUGUUCGCGCACCACUGCAAAAUGGAGUUGGUCGUUACGUAUGUCAGUUGCAAAGAAUAACAUUUAAAUUCUGUAAAAGUCAUGGAGGCAGCCGCGGGCUAAGAGACUUUAUUGAACAAAAUCUGGUGGAAUUCGCCAAAGAGAACCCUGGCGUGGUGGUCUACAUGAAGCCGAGACGACACCGCAGCCCCGUCAUUGUAGGAGAAUACUUAAAUGGUGACCGUGUGUGGAUGAGUGUACAUAACAAAACUCAUGAUGAGAUCACAAAGUGGGUGGAAGUGAUGCGAACACAACAAGGGGAUGUAUCGUCUUCCCGCCUCCGCAAAUACCAGUACACAGACCACCCCUCCAUCCAGGGCCCCUGGACACCAUUCACAUUCAAGAUCCCAGAGCUAAACACUGCACAACUCCCAGACCCCAAGUUCGGUGCCAACAACAGACUGCCACAAUCAGCAACCGAAGAACUCAGACUCAUGUUUGAAAAACAAAAGCUUAAUGUCAAAGAGGAAGAAUUGAAAGUGGCUGAAUAAUUUAUUUAUAAUUAGAAUUAGUGUAGUUUAUUAAUAAAUGUAUUAACAUUUUA